UAUGUUCCACCUGGAGCCAGAUCUAAAGAAAUACAGGGCUGUAAUUCAGUAAAUCAGGCAGAAGACCGCCAGAGGUCACUAGCUGAAUUAGUAGCCAAAGAUGAAAAGACAGAUAUUUUUACUGUCAAACUGAGAUCAGACAACUCAUAUGGUAAGGACUGUAAAGAUUACAAGUGAAAAGCCCCUCUAAGGCACAUAAUUUGUGUUUCUGUGUUAGUGUAAGACUGGGAAAAUUAUAAAAAUGUUGUAUAGUUUCUAACAAAAUUAAAUUGACUGUCCCAAAAGUUGUCAUUAUCAUUUCUCUUCAUGCCAGGAGUAAAAAAACUGUAAAACUCUUAACAGUGCGAAUGCCUGCUUUUCGCUUAUUUUACUACUCUCCCUAAAACAGGAUACAAGUUUACAAGAGUUCUCAGUGACAUUUAAUCACUUAGUUUAAGUUACAAAGACCCAUUAGGACGUACACUUGGAUGACUUGUCUAAGAAAAUUUAAUAACGACACUCUCAUUUUUCAGAUAAUAUUGAAUCCUUUAAAAUGGUAUCUGAUACAGAAAACAGUGAUCACCCAAAAACCCAACAGUUUAAAUUCCCAUUUGGAUAUAAAGAGCUUCGAGAACUUAUGCUGGUAAGUUGAUUACUACAAAAGUUGACCAUUUUCAGAAAACAAGUUCUGCAUGGACGUACAUCAUAUACAUUGUAAAAAUUAAUAUCUAAAACUUUCCGUUCAACAAUUCAAAAUACCCUCUACACAAUCUUGUAAAGCCAAUCAUCAGGAAUGUCACAAAAAAGUGUAACUUUUAAAAAAGAACUACUUCUGUUGACCUGUGCAUCUUUCCAGGAAUGAAUCCUGAGUUUUAUUAUUUAGAUUUAGGGUAGCAUACUUGGCUGUUUUCAAACAGCAUUAUUGUGAAGUAAUAUUAAUUAAUUGUUUUUUAAUUGGAUUGAUUGGAUUAUCUGAUAGUUUCAAUGAAAACCAAACCAGGUGGCAGGGAAGGCAUGAGGAAACCUUCCCACCCUCUCCCGCCAGGGCUUUCAUUUUUGGGUACCCUGUUCUAAAGUUCAUGUGUCAAUCAAGAACUUUAUUUCUGCAAAACAAUGCCAGAGGAAGGGUCCUUAAAUUGCUUGACUUGCUUUUUUGCAGUGGUUUCGUGAGAUAGGCUGGAAAGACCAAGAUGCAGUACUUCAGUUUUCCGCAAGUCUCACAAAAGAACAAAGAAAACUUGUCCAUGAAACUGCGCAAAGUUUUGGCCUGGGAACCUCAAGUUCUGGGUUUAAAGAAACGGUUGGUUAUUUUGCAUAUUUGUACAGUCAACUCCCUCUAAGACAGACACCUUUGGGACCGGCAGUAUAAGCGUCCAUCUUAGAGAGAUGUCCAUCUUAUAGAGAGUCAAAUAAAGGGAGUGAAGAAAGGUAGGGACCAACGCUAGGUGUCUGUUGUAGGGAGGUGUCCUUCUUAUAGACUGAGGUGUCUGUUAAGAGGGAGUCGAAGGUAUACUUUGCUUAGGGGCUGUUUACAUGGAGGGAGAAACAUCCUGGCACCAAGAAGAUCUUAGAAGGCUGAUCAUCCGUCAGUUAUUGAUACUUUUUUAUGUUCAGUGCACGUGCAAAAGGUUGUACUUUUCCCUAGUACUAGGAUCUUCCUACCUCUCAGCUUAAGGAAGAUCCUAGGACCAUCAGGCAUGGAUCUAGGAUAAAAACUGAUGGAUUUCCUAAACGAGCGCUGAAGGCGCAAGCUUCUAGCGGGGUGCAGGGGCGGGCUCCCCCAGGAAAUUGUUUGGAUUAAUUUUUUACUCCUUAAAGUCCCCUUUCCUGGGUUUCCGAGUCAUUCAGACAGAAUAUUGGCCAUGCAGAUUUCAACUUGGAAAGUGUUUUUAUUAUUAACAACAUAUUUAUUAUGAAAAAAGUGACCAAUUUCCAUAAAAUGAUGGAAACCGGUGUGGAUCCGCACCUGACCUUAUAAACUGCUGGUGCUUGGAAGAUCCUAGUACCAGGGGCAAACAGUGGCUAAUCAUGGCAAUAAUGGCCAACCAUUUCAUUUCCACGAGCUGAUACUUGUGAUAACUCUGCUAGUUAUCAAAGGCCAGUAAACAGAAGGGCACAAAUAUUUCCAUUUUUCUUUUUGUUGUCCAUCACUUUUAAUUCCUUCUCAAUCCUUCUCUACUUGAAGGGCACCACACAGACCAAAAUUUCUGCAUAUUUAAACCCAACAAGAAGUUGCUCCAUCUUUUAGGAUCCUCCUGGAACUAGGAUCUUCCUCCCAAUAAAUUGAUUGCUUUUUUCUAGCGUUACAUCAGUGUUUAUUCAGUGGAGCAAGCCACCCUUGGUGUUGGAAAAGUGUACCUCACAAAAGAAGAACAGGAGAAAGCCAAUACAAUAUGGAGACUGGUUAAACAUGAAGAAGAUGAGAGAUACAAGAAGUUCAGUCACAACGAAAUAGAUGAGAUGGUUCUUGCAAAUAAACUGGAUCCACUGAUUCAGGAAUUAUGGGAAAAGAAAAAAUCACUGUCAGUAGAAGAGCACUUCAAAGAAAAAUGUAAAGUUGCUGAUGAAAAAUAA